GUCGAUCCCUACCAAGCAGUGCGCGCGUGGCAGUGGAUGUCACAUUAACCAAAACGGCGGACGUACGCUUACAGCGGGGCGUUUUUAUUGGAGGCCGUGCAGGGUAGAGCUUAGGCGGGGCGUAAUUCCAGCGAGCACCAUUUAUUUAGGUCUAAGUUCAACAUUGUUGCAGUCCUAACUAACGUGGGUUCAAAGUUUGUUUUGCCUCCGGAAAGCCAUGACGGGAUAUCAUUGCCUGCGCUGAAAGGAACCUUUAUAGGAUCAUCGUUUGGUCUGUGAGCGCGAUAUAUCAACAUAUAUGCAACAAAUCUGAAUGGGAUGUGUGGCAAAGCUCCGUAGCCUGCAACAAUAACACGUUAGCAUCACUUUAGCUAGCUACCCAUUUCCGAACGUUCCCGUGUGCGGUGUUACGGUGCUGCUUGACGCGCUGCGAGGCGACCCUCUGCGGGUUUCGCUGCUGAGACGGUGGGCGUGUUUUCUCCGUUCCUUGGCGUUGCUAGCAUGUGAGCUGGCGCCAACUUCACGGCACAAAAAAAGAUUUACAAGUUAAGGGCAACAGGAGCAAACGAAAGUCACUGCGCACUUGAUCGGAAAGUUAUAGGCAGGUUACGUGUUAGUAUAGACUGAAAUGGUUUAGGCAACUCGGAAAACUUGGUUACGCCUCAAGAAGAAACACUCCCGACGGAAAAUUAAUUACGAAGAAAAAUAAUUAGUUUAAAGGCAUGCAGAAAGCUCUGUGAUGGAGUCCUCUGUAAGUACUUCCACGCAGGGGCCUGAUGAAUUUGAUCGGAAUGUUCCACGAAUCUGUGGCGUGUGUGGAGACAAAGCCACUGGUUUCCACUUUAAUGCCAUGACCUGUGAGGGCUGCAAGGGCUUCUUUCGACGCAGUAUGAAGCGCAAGGCCAGUUUCACAUGCCCAUUUAGCGGGAACUGCACCAUCACUAAAGACAACCGCCGGCACUGCCAGGCCUGUAGGCUGAAACGCUGUCUGGACAUUGGCAUGAUGAAGGAGUUUAUCCUGACUGAUGAGGAGGUGCAGAGGAAGAAGGAUCUGAUCCAGAGGAGAAAGGAGGAGGAGGCACAGAGGGAGGCACGGAAGCCACGCCUCACUGAGGAGCAGCGUGAGGUCAUCGCCACACUGGUGGAGGCACACCACAAAACCUAUGAUGAAUCCUACUCCGAUUUUACAAGAUUCCGACCUCCUGUGAGAAAUGGCCCUGUGACACGCAGUGCCAGUCGAGCUGCUUCUCUCCAUUCACUAUCAGAUGCUUCCUCUGACUCCUUCAGUCACUCUCCUGAAUCAGGCGACAGUAAGAUGAAUCUGAGUAACCUGCUGAUGAUGUACCAGGAGCACAGUUCUAGUCCUGAGUCCCAGGAGGGCGACAGCUCACGCCUCUCCAUGCUGCCUCACCUGGCGGACCUGGUCAGUUACAGCAUCCAGAAGGUUAUCGGCUUUGCCAAGAUGAUUCCCGGGUUUAGAGAUCUAACUGCAGAAGACCAGAUCGCUCUGCUGAAGUCCAGUGCAAUUGAAGUAAUCAUGCUGAGGUCCAAUCAGUCUUUCAACCUGGAGGACAUGAGCUGGAGCUGUGGAGGACCGGAGUUCAAGUACUGCAUUAAUGACGUCACUAAAGCUGGACACACUCUGGAGCUGCUGGAGCCUCUGGUUAAGUUUCAGGUGGGCCUAAAGAAACUGAAUCUACAUGAGGCAGAGCAUGUGCUACUCAUGGCCAUCUGCCUGCUGUCCCCUGAUCGCCCUGGUGUGCAGGACCAUGCACGAGUGGAGGUCCUCCAGGACCGAUUGUCGGAAGUGCUGCAGGCGUACAUCCGCGUGCACCGGCCUGGCGGACGCCUGCUCUACGCCAGAAUGAUCCAAAAGCUGGCUGACCUGCGCAGCCUCAACGAGGAGCACUCCAAGCAGUACCGCUCACUCUCUUUCCAGCCAGAGCACAGCAUGCAGCUCACGCCCCUCGUGCUCGAGGUGUUCGGCAGCCAGGUCACCUAGCUGAUCCCAGGCCCACAUAGAUCGUCGGGGGAGGUCAAAGAGCGUGACCCGACGAGUCUUGGUGGCAAAGGAGUGAAUGUAAGGACUCGGGAGUGAUGUGUGCAUGUCUGUUUGAGUGAAAGGGAAACAUUGUGUGCUUCUAUCAGAUGCAUUGGUUUAUGAGGUGGUAGAAGGUAUAUGAGUGUUUAUCACAAUAUUCAGAUAAUAAUGCAGCUCCACCACAUGCCGUGGUGCACAUUACCAGGUAUUUUAUUCCAUAAACACUAGCCAACAGUACUACACUGUGUGUACCUCUUCGGUGUGUGCGUGCAUGCGUGUGUCUGUCUGUCUGUCUGUCUGUCUGUCUGUCUGUCUAUGUACAUAUGUGACAGACCUAUUUUAAAGCUCUGCUUGAUCCCCAAAGUGCUGUCCACUACUGCUGAUUCUCUCGUUUCACCUCCUGCCUUUAAAUGCACAUGGUCCCCAGGGCUAAUGCUAGCACACAACUCUACCUUGGCUCCACAAAGCACCAUGAUCCUAGCCACUGAACCAAUCACAGAGCACUGUGAUCCUAGCCACUGAACCAAUCACACAGCAGGGCUACUCCCUCAGACCUUCUCCCCAGAGCUCUAGUUGGCUGCUAAAUAGAUGCCUGUCAGUUCCUCUUCUGAUAUGCACCUUGUAGUUACUGAGUGAAUAUCUUAGGUCUAUGUGGAGUGGCCAGUGCUUUCAAAAGCAUUAAUCGCUAAGCUAAUGUGUAAAUAUAACUGUAUUCUUUAACUCCAUAUUCUUAAACUUUAUACGUAUACUCUUUACUUCUGAUAUGAGAUCUGUAUAUAGAAACAAAUUUCCCUGAAAGCUGUCUAUAACUAACUGCAGGACAGGCAUGCUCUAUAAUGCUGACUGGAUUGAAUGGUGGCUAUACAAAUGCACAUAUAUACUCUGAAACCAUAAGCUGAUUGCCAUGUAACCUCUGGGCUGAAAUUGCAAAUGGGGCUUUGAGGUAUAACUAUACUUUCCUUUUUUAGCACUGUUGUAGGUACAGUGAAUUGUUAAGCUUUUAAAAGCUAAUAUAUAGUCAACUUACAUUAUGUAAGCUCAUUAGGUAUAGAUUUUCUCAUAGUUGUUCUUUCACUUCCCAAUAGUUAUUUAGUUUGCUUUCUCCUAAAGGCCCUAGAUGAACUAACAUGUACAUGGUGUUUAAAUGUUUUGGGAAAUAGCCUUGAAGUGCAGAUCUCCCAUGAUUCUUUUUAAAAAUGUUGAAAAAGUCAGGGGUUUAUGGGUCUUGCAGUCCUUUGUGUCCCUUCAGUGGCCAGACUUCGUGUGAAGCCAUGAGGCUACAUUUUUAAGCGAGCAGGGAGUUGAGGACAUUCUCUGCACAUUGUCACUCUUGUGCAGUCUCUCAUAGAUUUGCUGCUCUAGUGCUCUCUAAAGGCUGAUCAUGUGUUACUUCUAGUGAUUGGAAACUGAAGCGAUUUGUUCAUAUGUAGUAUGACUCGUAUUGUUAGCAUUUUCUUUGAUGCAUUUCUGGGGCACUAUCUCUUAUGUAGAAUACAUUACCAUAACUGCUUAUGAGUUCAUGUGUAUACUCUUUUUAAUCAUAUUGUAAGUUUGCUUAGUCUGGUAGGUAAGGUCAUAAUUACAUGGCACUGCAUAAGGCUCCAAGCCACCACAAAAUGCUCAAACGUGUUUGGAGGUAUAAUACAUCCAGAAAAAUACUAAAUGUUUGUAAGUAAUGCUCAUGCAUAAGGCUGCGGUUUUCAACUGUCCCCAUGCGGUCAUCUAUGCAGAACACGAACGCCUUAUGUCUGGGCUACUGUCCUCUUCAUCUGUCUGUGUGUACUGCUCGCAGACACCUCGUGACCACCUCGCGGACUCGUGUAGCGUCCAGCCUCCCAAUUCGGUGGGACUCGCCAUGCCGGAGCUUCUGGGGGAGCAUUCGGUGGAAGGGGUGUGCAGGGGCGGUGUGCAGGGGCGGGGUAACAGGCCAAAGCUGCUUGUUGUAGGCUCAGGGUAGAACACAGAAUGUUCUUGUGUGAUUUAUCGUUCAAGCUGGUGGAGUGCUGCUUUUGGGAAGUAGGCGUGGCGUUUCAGUAGGGAUGAUCGCUCAGCCCGAAAGGAAAACAUAACUACCUGGAGACUGAAGAUAAUUCAGUAGUGCAGGCAUUUUGAAUGUGUGUUUGUAGUACAGCAGAACUGUAAAGCACUUAUCUACACUAUAUGUAUAUUCAUAUUUCUUUCUGGGCCUGGAAUGUCUCGGUCUGGGUUGGUAGUGAAUAUGUGGGGGAUGAUUUCCCAAUACAGUUAUUUGCAUAAAAUAACUUAGUCAUGGCACUUAAAAUUUGUUGUUAUUGAGAUUUUGAUUCACAUGUAUCUAUGAAUGUUAUUUUCAUCUUUUUUAGUCUUUGUUUAUUUUCCCCCAUAUAGCCGUUCAACUUUACAGGUCCCACAUGAGGUCUCUCUGCUCUGUCAGCCCCAGUCUGGGAAGGGUAAGCCCUGCAGGUGUCUCCUCACAGAGACAUGACGUCUGGCACCGUGUUGUCCCACGCUGCCAGCACAGUGAGGGCAAGCACCUCCAUGCACCUGAGGGCAGUACUGUGCACCCUUCUGCACGAUACCUCACACGAUUAGGAAUUCAACCCCAAAUCUGUGGUGCAGUGUUUCUCUGCACAACUGCACUGCUAGGUGCACCCUAUUUUUGGUAGAUUCAAUAUGGCACAGAAUGGCAGAUAGUUUGUGUAGGUGUGGGCAUGUGCGUGUUUGUGCACGCAUCUGUGUGUGAGUCCAUGUGUGUAUUUGUAGAUAUGCAGUGAUGGAGGACAAGAGGACUUUUAUGGUAACCCCUAGCCCCACAACCCAACAUAACACAGGUUAAGGAAAACUCAUAAUUUCUUUCUCUCUUUCCUGUUCUCUUCAUCUAACGCUGCUCAUUUAUAUGUUGAAUUUAUAUUUUCAUCAGAUUUCAAACUGGACAAAUGACUAUACUUUUCAGUCAAACUUUGUUGAUUUUAAGGAAUCAUAGGACUUCAUGAUGAUGAUUUUAUCAUUUACAGUAUAUGUUGUCUUUGGUCUCUGGUUCUGUGAUGCUGGAUAUACCAGGAUCUACAUGUGACAUAAAAACAAACAUGACAACUACAAAGCUGAUGUUGAUGAUGAUGAUGAUGGUGAUGAUGGAAACGAGGAUGAUAUUGAUGUUGGUCUCUCUCUCUCUCUCUCUCUCUCUCUCUCUCUCUCUCUCUCUCUUUGAGUCCAAUCACAGUGUUGUGUUUGGCUGGAGUGAAGAGAGUAAGCAGGUUCCUAUGUGAAGCUCUAAUGGUGUUCUAUUGGCAUAGGAUAUUCAACACCCUAUCCUGUGUAAUAUAUACAAUUACUCUCUCUCUUUUUUUUUGAGUCCAAAAUGUAACCAUAACAAACUACCUCACUGGGCUACAGACACAUUUAAUUUUGUAUUUUUUUAUGAUUCAUGUUUGUAUUUAUUAUAAUGCAGUGGCUGACAUGGAUGACUCAGUACCUCAGAAUUUAUGAAUUCACACAGCGCAACAAAAUCGCCUUAACAUAAUGGCUCUUUAUUUGUUAUCUUUGCAUACAGUGUUUUUUUAUCUUUAGCUUUCUCUCCAAGCACAUCAUCUGCACACACGCACAUACAAACACAAAGAAGGACACACACACACACACACACACACACACACACACACACACACACGAGAAAGCUGAAAGCUCUUGUAGGUGUGGUCACUCCUGUGACUGACAGUGUUCAGUAGCUGCUGGGAUUGGUUGGCCCCCCUCAGGCCCCUCCCCUUCUGAAUUCUGACUGCUUGGUUGGAUUUUGCUGCUCCUCAAAAACAUUUACAUAAAUUAACUUAAUCACCUCUGAGUCUUGCUCAUUUCCCCUUUAAAUGGUGAUAUUGCUUCAACAGUUUGAUCUGGUGUACUGCAAAAGAACAUAUAGGACUUUUAAACUUAAAAACAUCCACAUAUUAACAUAAUGGCCAUAGAAACAGGAGUAUCUA